AGGUAAUCAGCAGCUUUAAACAAGCUCCAUACUAAGAUAUUGGAUAUUGGAUACAUUUGAAGCCGUCCAACUGCUUGGAUUCCAAGGUCGUUCAAGAGUUUGCAUGGUCAUCAUCGCUGACAAAAGUGAACGAGGAUGUUAAUGUUUUUCUGAUCAUAGUAUUUGUUAUGUAAGACACCUGAUUUUGAAAAAGCCUACAAAAUAACCUUGUCAUUCAUGGCAGGGUUUGUCCGAAGACUGUACUUCUAUGGAAUAUAGAUAUCAGCAAAAGUGUUUAAACCCCGCAUUCUGGUACUCCAACGGUCCUGGUGGCAGUGUUACUUUCAGUUUAGGAUCUGGACAACAGCUUGGAGAUGUUGGUUUAUCAGAAGUACAAGCUGCUCACAGCCACUUAAUGCUUAACACGUAUUUGCCAUCGAAAUCUCAGUCCAUGACUUUUACCAGUCCUCAACAAAAUGUUAUGCCUUUAUUAGCAUAUGGAAAAACUAGCAACAGUAUUACAGAUUCAAACAAGCCUUUUGGUUAUGUGCAAACAUUACCACAUGCGCUGCUUGGACCACCGCCACCGUAUAUACAAUCGGGUAAUUCUGAUUGUGCAUCCAGUUUUUGCCAGCCUCAAUAUAUUCGUCAGUAUCCAUUUUCUUUGGUACGAAGACCUUCAAGUUCUCAUCGCUAUGCUCAUAAUAAAGCAGUAUUAUCCCAUGUUAACAACCACUCAAGUACUAAACACAUCCCUGUCUCUCUGCCAGAUGGAUUACCAUCCGAAUCACAGAUAUCUCGAUCGUCUUCUAACUGCUCAUGUGGUGAUUCAAUUGAGUCGUCACCAAAGAGAAGAUCCCUUCCGUCUGAUAAAGAAGCAAUAACCACUAAAUUGGAUAACCAGUGUCUUAAUGGUGGCAUGGAACAGGCUGCGGAGUGUGAGAAGAAAGUCAUAUCUUGUGAUGGAGAAAUUGCAUCAGGAGAUAAGAAACUUCCUGAGGCUGGUGAUGAUGAUAAUACGACUACUGCAUGUGUUAAAAACAGCCCAAACUCAGAUGUCUAUUCAACUGAUCAAGUUCUAUCCAGUCAUUCUUAUUCACAGGAACCAAGCACCCUUGUAACAAGCUAUAUCAAUCAGGGUUCUACCUCAUUUUCUGGUAUGUCUUUACCGACUCUGGACAGUCCUGAUGGUUCUAAUUCACUUUGUUCUGUUUUAAAUUUAAUGUCAACAUCAUCCACUUCAUUUAGUGGACAAACAAAGGAUCAAGCUAGACAAGAUGCUUUAUCGCCUUAUCAAACAUUUGUUGAAUCGAAUAAUAUUCCCACAGGAUCUAAUGAAAAUCAAGUGAAUGAGAACCAUCAAACAAACACUUCAGGCAGUGGUGCCUUACCCAUACCAGUACUCUUUUCAACGAAUCGUGGUUUACAAAUGAUUCCCAAUAGACAGUCUCUGCCUAACGGCGGGGGUACACCGUUGUCUUUUACAUCAACACAACCAAAUGGUAUGCAAUUUGUUAUCAGUCCACUUGCACCCACUGGUUAUAUCCUACCAUCAUCAUCAUAUAUGGAGAAUUUAUCAAUGUUAAUUUGGCAAUUUUAUACAUAUACCAAGCAAACUUCAUUAAAGUAUGCUAAGAAAGUUCACUUGCGUAAUGCUUUACAUGUUGUUGUAUCAGGAGUUUUUGAAAAUGCUGGUCUGUAUAUUGUCGGCUCAUCAAUGAACGGUUUUGGUUCAGAUCAAAGUGAUAUGGAUAUGUGUUUAACUGUGACAUCACGUGAUUUACAACAGAAAACAGAAGCUGCUUACAUAUUAAGUCAGCUGUUACCACCUUUAAGAAAGUGUAGUUUUAUUCGUGACUUAAAUUUAAUUCGUGCUAAAGUUCCAAUAUUAAAAUUUCGUGAUACACUAGCUGGUGUAGACUGUGAUUUGAAUGUGAAUAAUGUUGUCGGAAUAUAUAAUACACAUUUACUGGCCAUGUAUACAAAGAUCGAUUGGCGUGUUCGACCAUUGGGAAUGUUUAUCAAGCACUGGGCUCAACGUAUGGAUAUUCACGAUGGUAAACGUGGUCGUCUCUCAACUUAUCCGUUACUUCUAAUGCUUAUCCAAUACCUACAGGCAUCAUGCUCUCCGCCGAUUUUGCCUAAUUUACAGGCCAAAUUCCCAAAAAUAUUCAAUUAUACUAGACCAUUGUGUGAAUUAGAUAUGCGUCUUGAAUUACCAUGGGCUGAAUUACGCUCAAAUAAUCAAGCAAGUUUAGCUGAAUUAUUUAUUGGAUUUAUUCAUUAUUAUACAAAUGAAUUUAAUUUUAACCAAUGGGCUGUGUCGAUCCGUCAUGGAACACCAUUGCCUAUAGAUUUAGCUAUUAAACGCUUACCACCACAUGAACAAGCGUAUACAGCAAAAAAUUUAAAAAUUUUCAUUGAAGAACCUUUCUGUCAGACGAAUGCUGCACGUUCACUUCGUGCUGAUGAUAUUGUCCCACGAAUAAGACAAGCAUUUAUGAAAACAAAUCAAAUUCUGCGCUCACAACGUCCAUUAGAAUCAUUAUGGAUCAAUAAUAACAUUAAUAAUAAUAUUAAUAAUAAUUAUUAUAAUGUUGACUGUAUGGAAUGAACGGAUGAACGGAUAAAGCUGAAUGAAUGAACGACUAACUAACUUUUCUCCGGGCGUUUCUUUUCCCAUGACUAUCAUCGUCUUUUGUUAAAAUUUACACUCCUUUUGAUUGGUUGUCAUCAUUAGAAAAUUUGGGGAAGAAUCCCGGUGUAUAGAUGGUUGGAUAAUAUACCCUUGUUUUCUCUCAUAUUAUAUUACUAAAUAUAGAAACGUGGAUGUGAUUUGAGAACAACAACAACAACCCUUUAUUUUGUUCCCUUUUUCUUCUUCAAUGUCCAAUGUAGCAUGUCUUUUUUGUUUAAAAUAACCACUUUUCUUUUAGAAAAAAUUUGCCGCUUCAUUUGAUAACAUUUGACAACAGAAACUAACGCUACUUACAAACUUAACUCCAUUUUAAGAAACUACCUAAAAUAAGCACUUGUAAAACUUUCAAAAACCAUUUCCCCAAAAAUUCUUUAUAUACAUAUAUAUUAUUACUGUUAUUAUUAUUAUUAGCGUAAAUACUAUUUGACAUGAUAAUACCGCUACUAAUAUGUCUGAUGAAUGCACAUACAUACCAUAUCGAUUCAUAUAUGUACAUACUAUAAAUAAUUAUCUUUAGAUAUAUAUAAUAUAUAUAUAUAUAUAUAUUCCCAAUCUCUAGUAAUAUCAUUUAAUUCUUUUUGUGAUUCAAUAAUAUUGAUUGAUGAUUACGCUUCCUCGUGUUUCUUUUUUUUCAAUGUUCAAUACCAACAACAAAUGCGCGCUUUUUUCAAAUUUUGAUUUUUCCUUCUUUUGAAUUUUUUAGUUUUUGAAUUGAUGGUAUGUGUAUUUCUUUGACUGGGUGCGGGCGUGUUUAAUAACAACUACCUUCCUUUAUAAUCUAUUUAUUAUUAUUAUUAUUAUUAUUAUUAUGUGAU